UUAGUUCAUUUCCUGAGAAAUGAAACUGAAAUUAAUCACACCCCUGGUACAGGCUGGACAGAAUAAACCUGCAAACAUCCAAAGGUGAUCUCAGUACACAGGUCUCAUCUUCCAAAGCGUAGACAUGACUGAAGACAUUGACUUGGAACAAAUUUGCAAGUUGGUUGUUAUAGGUGGAGGGGGCGUUGCAACUGUGUUACUGACUCCUGCUGCUCUGGCAGCAAUGGGUUUCACCUCCACUGGAAUAGCAGCAGGCUCCAUUGCUGCCAAACUGAUGUCCUAUUUGGCAAUCACGGGUGGUGGAGGAGUUGCAGCAGGAGGUGUUUUUGCAACCCUUCAGUCAAUUGCCAUGGGCGGUCUGUCAUGGCUUGGCGCUGGAUUUUUGGGGGGUGCUGGAUCAACAGCAGGAUGGGUCCUAUCAAGGAUCUGUAAUGGUACUCGGACAGACUAAGACUUACAGCAUGAAUGUCUACCUAGUUUUCUCUCUACCAAAUGAACUGCACGUAAUGUUUUGCAUUAAAUUUUCAUGUUUUCCGCCUGUGCAAUAAGUUUCUUAUGUUAUUGUAUUCUGUUCUGCAUUCAAGGGCAUUUGUUGUGUUUGUUUGUUUUCAUGGGGGAUCUUCCGGAUGUAAUUUCUCUAUGCUAUGCGUAUGGCUGCUACUCAGGGAAAAAAAAGACUGAAGUAAAAAUAAAAAAUAAAGCCGUUAACUUGA